AACCUUUCUCUCUCUCUCUCUGAAUUAUUGUUCCUUCGAUUCCUCCGCUUUCUUUCAUGGCUCGAGCCCUCUCCCAAACCCUAAUUCGAGUCUCCUCUUCUCCGUCGUUUCUCUCAACUAAAAAUCCAUCUCUUGCACCAUCGUCACGCUUUCUAAACCACAGGAAUAGAUCGAAUGGCUCCGAGAAAGCGCAGCUAAUCGAGGUCGAUCUCGAUUCCGACAACGAAGUUGAGGUUCUAGGCAUGCGGAGACUCGAAGAUGCAAUCCAUGGAAUCAUCGUUAGAAGAUCGGCACCGGAUUGGCUCCCAUUCAUACCUGGAUCGUCUUACUGGGUUCCACCUCGGAGACGGCCUUCUGGACUUCUUGAGUUGGUUGGGAAGUUAGCGAAUCCUUUGACGGAAGAGGAAUCGCUCGCUCUUACGACCGUUCGCGGUUGGCCUUCGUCGCAAUAUUUCGUUGAAGGUGAAUCUCCAUAUCCGGUGGAGUGCAAUACAAAUGCGAAGAAAACUUCCCAAUCCGAGGACGAGGAAGGAUGAGCUGCAUCCCUGACAACGUAGGUAUGUAGGGUGAGUGGUAUUUGUUGCCUAGGUCCAUACUGUUUCUUGAUGAUAACUGUCACUCCUACCUGUGUCAUUAGUCAACUAAGCCAUAGGUAGUAAUGAGUCCAUAAUGCAAUUUAGCUUUCUUGAUGUUUCUGGUAUCUACGGAGCAGGUAGCUACCUCGUUCCAAGAAACAAUGUUAGGAAGGAGGAUGUGUCAUCUUUGGACAUGUACAUUUGUGUUAUAUUUCCAGAUGUUAUAUCAUAGAACUUCCGAUUCACAUAGUCUAUUUAU